CUGCCUUGGUGUCCUGUUAUUGUAUACCAAUUAAAGAAUGCAUUCAUUACGCAGACAACUCACACAUGAAUCACAAGAAAUAAUUAUUAUCGCUAUAUACACAUAUUGAUCUACGCGCUGACAUCAAAUCGUAUUUUUUUAAAGAAAAAUUGACGUUCUCGUAGUUGAAGUGAGUCAUACAUAUGCGGCGCGCGUACUGGUGAUAAUUUUAUAUGUUUAUCUUGUAUUUCCGCCCUUGCUCAGUCUGAAUAUAUAUACAUUCAUUUCCAUCCGUUGAAAUGUUCACGUUAAUUUUUAUAUUUUUCUGCGCUUAUUCGGUGAAUACGGUGUUUUCGACUGGUUGCGAAUCAAAGGGUAAUUGCGAAGAAUGCAUACAAGAGGUGGAUUGUGCCUGGUGUAUGGAACCUUUAUAUCCGUUAAACCCAGAUGGAAGUAAACCCCAGACUCACUGCCGUUUGAAAAAUGACACGACAAAGUGGUGCAGAGAUGCGUCGAAAGUUUCACCAAAAUCAGGAAUGAGAAUAUUACAAGACUUACCGUUCUCCAACGACACGGAUAAUCCUCUACAAGUGAAACCUCAAAGGAUUAAGCUGGCUUUGAGGAAGGGUGAAAAGUACGAGUUGAAAUUUCAAUACAAAAGUACUGAAAAUUACCCUGUGGAUUUGUAUUACAUCAUGGAUCUGUCUCAUUCCAUGAAGGAAUACAAGGAUGACUUGGCCAGACUGGGAAGUAAACUGGCGGAAACUAUGCGCAACAUUACUACUAACUUCAAGCUGGGAUUCGGAAGCUUUAUCGAUAAAGUGGAGUUACCUUUCGUCAGCACAAAUGAGAAAAAAUUGAAAAAUCCAUGCCCGGGGUGUGCGAGUCCAUACAGUUUCAAAAAUCAUCUUUCUCUGACAAGCAAUUAUGAGGAAUUUGUUGGUAACGUAAAAGCCGCAAAAGUAUCCGGAAAUCUUGAUUCUCCAGAAGGCGGUUUUGAUGCCAUAAUGCAAGCGAUAGUUUGCAAAGAAACAAUAAGAUGGCGCAAGCAAGCGCGACACUUGCUUGUAUUUUCAACAGAUGCCGAAUUUCACAUCGCAGGUGACGGAAAACUGGCAGGUGUUAUCGAACCCAAUAUCGCAAAAUGUUACACAGACGACAGCGAAUACCUAAAAUAUGAUUAUCCGUCCGUAUCUCAACUGAAUUACGUCGCAGAAGAAAAUAACAUCAAUAUUAUUUUCGCAAUUGUCAAGAAACCGUAUGCAUCAUUGAAGGAGUCGUAUGCUACAUUAUCAAAACAUAUUAAAAAUUCCAAUUUUGGGGAGUUGAAUAGUCGUGAUGCGAAUAGUGUAAUCAAUUUGAUUCUGGAUAAUUAUAAGAAAAUCGUCCAAAGCGUAAAGUUCACCUCAAAUUCAACGAGUGAGAUAGACAUAAAGUUUUCCUCCACCUGCAAAAGUCCAAUACCCGGUCGGUGCAAUAACGUCCACAUUGGAGAAGUCCUUGAUAUCACAGCCACUAUUCAAGCUAGGGAAUGUCUACCAGACGGGCAAAAAUCAACGUUCGUUUACCUGAAGCCUGAGGCAUUACACCAAGGCCUGAUGGUAGAAAUUGAAGUAUUAUGCGACUGCCCCUGUUCAUCGAAGACUCAUCCAUCGUAUGUUCCGAAUGCCAAAGAAUGUAGUAGACAGGGUGAUCUCAAGUGCGGAGUUUGCACAUGUUCUGAGGGAAGAUUUGGAAGGAACUGUCAAUGCGAUAGCUCUAUAAGCACGUCGGAGGAUAUCAAGAAUUGUAUAAUGGAAGGAUCGAACGAAAUAUGUUCGGGUUUCGGAAAAUGCCAGUGUGGAAAAUGUGAAUGUGAUUCCAGUUCUAGCAGAGAUGAAAAAAUAUAUGGUCAAUAUUGUCAAUGUAAUAACUACUCAUGCAAAAAAGAAAACGGACUACUUUGUUCUGGAAGAGGUAAAUGUAACUGUGGAGUAUGUGAAUGCCAAGCAGGUUACAGUGGAGACGCAUGCCAAUGUGAAGAAAGUACCACAAAUUGUAUUGCUCCUGGUAGCGACUCUAUUUGCUCCAAUCACGGGAGUUGUGUUUGCGGGCAGUGCGAAUGUAAAAUGGACGAGAACAGAUACUCAGGGAAAUACUGUGAAGAUUGCAUCUCGUGUCCAGCUCAAAGGUGUGAAGAGUUGCGACACUGUGUAGAAUAUAAAGCUUACAACGAAGGAGUUUACAAAACAGAAACGCCUCCAAAUAACUGCACAAACUUCAAUCCAGAAGUUUCGAAAAAGUUAGACGACAUUCCUGACAAAGAUGUCAAAAAAUGUAGGAUACUAGACGGCAAUAGAUGUAUAAUGAACUUUGAUUACUAUUAUGAAGAAAGAACGCUCAUCGUUAGGGCGUUGGACCACAAGGUUUGCCCAGUGCCCCCAAAUGUAUUAGCUUGGAUUGCCGGCGUAGUGACUUCAAUCCUACUGGCAGGCAUAGUGAUGUUGAUAGUUUGGAAAGUAUUCACCACAAUCCACGAUCGUAGGGAGUACGCCAAAUUUGAAAAUGAGAAGAAAGCUCUGAAAUGGCACAACAGCGAGAAUCCGUUGUACAGGGGUGCCACUACUACGUUUGCUAAUCCUUCUUAUAAUCGACCUACCAGUUUCUCACCUGAUCCCGUUAUAAGUACUUCCUCAGAACCUGAUAUACACGUUUUAGAUGAAGACAAAUGACGCUAAAGCAGAAUUUUGAGAGCUGAUGUGAUAUUAAUGUGUAUUAUUUAUUAUUAAGUAGAAUAUUAUAUAAGCUCGUUUUAAUAAAAAAACUUAACUUAUCAGAAGCAGCAAGCUAUAGGC